AGUAGUGCCGCGCUCCGCCGAAACCGCGAAUCAGACGAACGGGCUAAGGGACGACUGCGCGCCCCCGUUUGCCCGAGAUAGUUUGCACACCGAGUGUUUGAUAACGCGCUAACAAGUACAUGAUUCUGUAACAUAAUUGUGGUGUAAACAAUGGUGCAUCGAGCUGUUUCGAUAUCGUACCGAGGAAGCCGUAUCGAACCAAAAUAGUACGCGUGUUAAACGCCUUCGCAGCGCUGUGGACUCGUGUACCCGAAAAACACCGGGAUUAAGUGAAACAGAUGCACGCAGUUACGGAAGUGGCGUCACUCGUAUCCCAAUAUGGCGGACACUGAACAGCGUAAACAGAGUGGCGAAUACGGGAGCUCGUAUGUGGCCGAGAAAGUUUCGAUGACGACCCUCGACGAGAACGUGAACCGUGUACCGCGGGUGUAUCCAACAAAUGAACCAGUGGACCGCGUAGGCUGGCAAGAAAGAGUAGAACGAGUCUCGAUGAAUAGCCAAGAUACAUCGGACUUAGGGAGACCCAUACCAGUUGUACUGGCUCACCCAGAUCACACCUUCGAAUUAAAUGAAGAAGCCUUGGCAGAGAUUCUCCUCCAACCCGAGGUUAAAGAUAGGAGUGUAGUGGUUGUAUCCGUAGCAGGUGCUUUCAGGAAAGGCAAAAGCUUCCUGCUCGAUUUUUUCCUUCGGUAUAUGAAUUAUCAGUAUAACAACAACAACAAAACAGACUCCUGGUUGGGUAAAGAUGACGAACCGCUGGGCGGUUUUUCAUGGAAAGGAGGCUCCGAGAGAGACACGACAGGGAUUAUAAUGUGGUCAAAAGUUUUUCCUGGCACCUUAACAACCGGUGAAAAAGUUGCUGUGAUUUUAAUGGAUACACAAGGUGCUUUCGAUAGUCAGUCGACGGUCAGAGACUGCGCGACCGUGUUUGCUCUGAGCACAAUGUUGUCGUCUGUACAAAUAUAUAAUCUAUCACAAAAUAUCCAAGAGGAUGAUCUUCAGCAUUUGCAACUUUUUACCGAGUACGGGAGGCUGGCACUGGAAAAGUCCGGAAGCACACCAUUCCAGAAGCUGCAAUUCCUAGUUAGAGACUGGAGUUACCCGUACGAAGCAGACUAUGGCGCGCAAGGCGGGAAGAAAAUAUUGCAAAGGAGAUUAGAAAUUUGUGACAAACAACACCCAGAAUUGCAGAGUCUGAGAAAGCAUAUUAAAUCGUGCUUCUCGGAUAUAUCUUGUUUCCUCAUGCCACAUCCGGGCCUCAAUAUCGCCACCAACCCUAAUUUCGACGGUAGAUUAGCGGAAAUCCAACCAGAAUUCAAAAGUCAACUUCAGGAGCUGAUACCGAUGCUAUUGGCUCCAGAAAAUUUAGUUACGAAAAAAAUUAACGGUCAAGUUGUGAAAGCGAAGGAUCUGUUAGAGUACUUUAAAAGUUACAUGAAAAUUUAUAAAGGGGACGAACUUCCGGAACCUAAAAGUAUGUUAGUGGCAACAGCAGAAGCGAAUAACUUAACUGCGGUAGCAGAAGCUAAAGAUGUUUAUUUGCGAACGAUGGAAACUGUUUGUGGCGGAGCAAAGCCAUUUUUAGCAACUGCACAUUUAGAAACAGAACAUUUACGUUGUGUUGACAAAGCCAUUAACCUGUUUCAAAAUAAAAGGAAAAUGGGGGGAGACGAGUUCAGUCAAACGUACAUGGAUAAAUUAAUGAAGGACAUGGAUGAAGCUUUUGUUCAAUUUAAGGCGCACAAUGAAAGCAAAAAUAUUUUUAAAGCAGCACGAACUCCCGCAGUGUUUUUCGUAAUUGCAGCAACGAUGUAUUUUUCAUCUGGAAUAUUCGGUUUCACUGGUUUAUACCCACUAGCAAAUAUUUGUAAUCUUGUUGUUGGUAUUUGUAUAAUAACACUUAUUUUGUGGACGUAUAUAAGGUACAGUGGUAAUUUCAGAUCAUUUGGUGGAGGAUUGGAUGAAGUGGCAAACAUUUUAUGGGAUAAUGUGACGUCCGCGCUGCAGCCACCCCAUUCCCAGCCGUUCGGUGGUAAUUCCUUCCUCGUCCUGCAACCAAUCGUCCAACGUCUACUGAUGUUUCUAACACGUUCGGAGUACGAUCAUGGUGUUAACACUUUCUCUCCAGAGGGGAGGUUAUUUCAAGUUGAGUAUGCUUUAGAAGCUAUCAAACUUGGUUCCACUGCCAUAGGAAUUGCAACACAGGAAGGUGUAGUGUUAGCUGUAGAGAAACGUAUUACAUCCUCUCUAAUGGAACCUACAACAGUAGAAAAGAUUGUAGAAAUUGAUAAGCAUAUUGGAUGUGCUGCAUCUGGCUUAAUAGCUGAUUCCAGAACAAUGAUUGAUCGUGCUAGAUCCGAAUGCCAAAAUCAUUGGUUUGUUUACAACGAGAGAAUGACCGUAGAGUCAACAGCUCAAGCUGUUUCUAAUUUAGCUAUACAAUUUGGAGAUAGCGAUAAUGAUGGUAGUGCUAUGUCUCGACCAUUUGGUGUAGCCAUGUUGUUUGCUGGUAUUGAUGCGAAAGGGCCUCAAUUGUUCCACAUGGACCCUUCGGGUAACUUUGUUCAGUUUGAUGCAAAAGCCAUUGGUUCAGGAAGUGAAGGUGCACAACAGAACCUUCAAGAAGUGUAUCAUAAGUCUAUGACACUUAAAGAAGCAAUUAAAUCUGCCUUAACUAUACUCAAGCAAGUUAUGGAAGAGAAAUUGAAUGACACUAAUAUAGAAGUAAUGACAAUGACACCAGAAAAACUCUUUCAUAUGUUUUCAAAAGCUGAAUUACAAGAGGUGAUUAAAGAUAUUGCUUAAACAUUAGAGUGAUCAAGUACAUGUUAAUUUUACCAACAUUAAUGCAUAACAUUAUAAGCAGCAGAGAUAUGGUAUAUGGAAACUGUAUAACUGCAAAUUACACAUACAUUUUUCACUCAAAGAAUAUGUAAUUUUUACGCAAUGGAUGGUUUUAUAUAUU